CUUUAGUCGCAGAUUGACUUGUUGCUCGAUUGGUUUGUCGGUUUUAUUUGUUUGCAGACUCGAAAAUCCGAGUUUCGGCCAGAAGUGAUUUCAGUAAACAUCAAUCAGACACGCAACACAUCCCAUAUACCUACAUACCAUAGUUUAUUUAUACAUUAAUCAUCAACCAACAUUGACGCCGACGCCAGUUAUCAUUCGCGAGUGUCAUCAUUGCCGGCUGUAGCAGCACUUCAACACCUAUUCAUCCAAAAAGCAAAAACAACAACAUCAACACAUUCCAAGUCGUCUACCGACAUCACUGCUUCACUGUCAUUUAUUCGCUAGUCACUCAAGCCACCAACCAACCAACCAGCCAGCCAGCCAUCCAUCUGUUUGCCUUGUCUGUUGUAAGAAAAGCAAAGCAAGUCAGCGAAUUAUAAUUUUUGGUGGUUUAAUUAUGCAUCGACCCAAGCAAAACAAUCUGAAGGUACACGAUUGAAGACGAAAAUGUCACUCUCUCCCUUGUAAUAAAGGCGCACUACUGUAAUUGGCAACAAACGCACCGAAUUUGCCCACCAUUAAGACCUGCAACCAUUCAAUGGCUUAUACGACGUCGACCAAGGCGACCCUGAAUUGACAAAACAUCAGUGAGAGUGAGUGACAUACAAAAGCCCAGAAAGCGAAAUAAAUAAACGCGCGCACGCGUACAAACCAAAUAAAUAGUGACGAAGGCCUGUGCAGUGAAAAGAUCUAUGGACUAAAAUGGAUUACAGUUAUCGACUUUUAUGGCUCUUUUGCAUUUCAUUUGGCACAAUUUUGUUCUCCUUCGUGUCACUCCAGGAUAUCGCAAGUCCGGUUUUUCAAAACCACAAAACGAAAGAAUGGACAAACUUAGAUAACAUCACAUUUUCAUUCGAUUGUACGAAGCGUCCAGUCGGAUUCUAUGCAGAUAUGGAAUACAACUGUCAGAUAUUUCACAUGUGCGACGAAGAGGGAAACCGUAUCCCACACCUAUGUGCCAAUGAAACAUCAUUCAAUCAGGAAUAUCGGAUUUGUGAUUGGGAUUACAAUUUUAACUGCACGGAAUCUCCUAAAUGGUUUUACUUGAAUGAACUCACUUAUGCCACAGAACCCCCGGACGAAGACGAGGACUAUUAAAGGGCCGCGUUGCCUUGGCCUUUGAUAACUCAAUGAAAAUGUGUUCCUGACGCAGUACCCAGCAAGGGAUGGCCCAAAGUAAUACUCCAACGGGGUGAAUAUCCAAAUCUGUAAACAAGUGUAAAAAACUUAAUAACCGUCAAUAUAAAUUGAUGUAUGUAUAAAUGUUGUAUGUAUUUAAUGUGUGUAAGUUUAUUUUAUUUUGCAUAGCUUUUGUAAAUUUGUCACUAUCGUAUUUCUGUCCACCUACAACUGUAAAUCGAAACUCAACUGUUGUGUAGUGUAAUAAUACCUUUCAUGCAAAUGAAAAUGUUGUUGAUAUUUUAGCCAAUAAAUAGUGUGUUGAAAAUGUUGUAAAUUUAUUAAAUAUAAA